UCGCUACGAUACACGGUACAUGGCAAGCAAGCGUUCUUUUUUUCUUGUUGAUCUAUGGUAUAUGGUCCCGGGUUUUAUGUGUCAUGACUGGCAUGACGAUCGUUUCUCAUGAGGAUUGGCAUAUCUGGGGCGUUGCGGCUCUAUGGUUUUAUGAUUUUAUGGUUUAUGGUUUUAUGGGUAUUUAUUUUUGGCGGUGGCUUGAUAAUUACUACUGUACUGUACUUAGCUCUUUCUGUCACAUACAAUUUGUUAGAUGUGGGUGGAGCAGUACAUUCAUGCGCUGGUAGAUAGAGUGUUUUAGUUCUGUUGGAGUCAAUAGAAUGGAAUUGAG